UUUCCUUUGAGAGACAGUUGCCAAAUUUUUUCAUCAAGAGAGGAUAUAGUGUGUUCAAUUUGCUGACGAGACAGAAGGUCUCUGUUCAGCAAAAGAUGGGCCAGGAGAAUUCCAAACUCAAAGAUGUAGCUAAGAAUGGGAAAAAUCACAAGAAGCAUGAAAACGGAGAGGUAAAUGGCCUUGCUUUAAACAUCACAUCCAAUGGUGUUGAGACUGAUGUUACCAAUGAGACAGCAGUUCAUCAAAAUGGGGAACUCGUCUCAAUAAACCCUAAAGCAGAAUCGAAUGAGCCUGACUUUGAGAUAGUUGAGCCAGACUGCAGCAAUGCUGACACUCAAGUCAUCGCUGAGAGCACCGACUCUACUGAUAAAACAGAAGUCAAAGAAAUUAAAGUGGAAAAAGUUAAGCUUUUUGACAAAAUGUUCAAAAAGAAACCAGUGCCACCAAUGAGCGAGGAGAGUAGUCAAGAAAAGGAGAACUUGGGUGAAGAUCAAAUGGAUACAGGUUCUCCUGCCAAUGAUCCACAACCUGAGCCAGCUGACAUAGAGCAAGACUCAGAAACAUUUAAGGGGCCAAAAAGUUUGUCUCUAGACCCUAGUCCAGAGGGGAAAAAAAGUCACGAUACUGACAAAGAAAGCAACCAACUCGAGGAGCGUCCAGAGGAGAGUUAUACAGAAGAGAAUCCAGUUAUGAACUUCUUCAAAUCACUAGUGACUCCCACUAAAUCAUCCAAAAAGGAAACAGCUACUCCUGAUGCUGCAAGAGAACAGUCCCAGAGGGAGACCCAGCCAACAGCAGCAACCACAGCUGUUGCACAAAUCCCCGAUCCUCCGGCAGCACCAAAGGGAAUGUCUAUCCCACCCCCACCUCCUCCAGAGCCACCGAAAAUGGAAAUGAAAGGGGAUCCAGCUGCCAAACCUGUAAAAACCACACCAAAAGAGGAACCAAAAGCUGCUUCAAAGGAGCCCGAGGCCUCAAAAGGAAAAUCAGCCAAAGAUACACUGAGCAAACUCUUCCGUUCAAAGAAUGUCCAGGAGGUGCCGCAACCAGUUGUAGAAGUCCAGGCAACAGUGGAGGAGGUGCAACUGCCAGAGAUAAAAGCUGAGGCAGUUGAAGAGCCAGAGCCAGUUUUAGAGAUUCAGAAGGUGGAUGCCUCCAAGACCAGCACCCUCGAGGCAGCUGCAAAGGCCGAGCCACCGCCAGCUGUGCAGGAGGAGAAGAAAACACCAUCAAAAUCAACUUUCCUUUCUCUCUUCAAGUCCAAGGCUACUGAAGCCAAGAAGGUGACCCCUGCCCCAGCUGCAGCUUCAGAAGCGGCCCAGACGGUGAAAGCAAAGGAAGAGCCUAAAUCUUGCACCAAGUCACCGGAGGCGCCCGUAGAUAACAAGUCAGUUUCAGGGGCAUCUCAGGGUGGAGAUGAGUCAGCCAACAUCCCCAGGAAACUGGAGAAGAGGAACUCAAUUCACUUGUUCUUCAAGAAUCUGGGUCAGAAACGCCACUCCACAGAUGCCGGAGUUCAGACAGAGCCAGUAAUUAUUGCUCCUGCACCUGAGAAGGCCAAAUGAAACCCGAAACAACAGUGACACUUCAAGCUAUCCUCACCCCCAACAACUCCAACACCCCAUGAACUUUGAAUUACUUAAACUGUUCAGUUUUAAAUUACGUGGUAGCUAUAGUGAGGAGGGGAAAGUGACAGGAAAGAUACAAGCAAGUGAGUACUUUAGAGGAAAAGGUUACAGUCUGCAGGUAUUUGACUGAUAAGUGAAUUGACAACGUUUAAUGGCUUCCUGGUUGUGAGUUGGUUGAAAUAUAUAUUUUUGGUCGUAAAGAUGUCUCGAUUAGUAUAGGGAUGUGGUUGACACACCUUUUCUGCAGACGACUGUUAAAUGUGACCGCACUCUGCAACUAUUUGUUCUCGCACCCAAAAUAUCUAACGGUCUAAUCCAACGUGUAACACUUUGCUUGUGGCUUUAAGCUAUGUUUGUCAAAAUGAAGCAUUAAAAAACAUCGUCAUGCAGGUACUAUAUGUUUGUUUUUAGCACGUCGAGGUAGAUUUGACAUCAAGGUUGGGGCAAUUCACAGGGUAUUGUGAAGUCGUGUUGGGGUUGCUAGUUAAGGAUAUUAAAUUAAACAGCAAAUUCUAUGGCUCGCUAUUGAUCAUGAUCAUGAAUACAGUGCUAUUGGGAAACGCAUUCAUGUAUUUAUCUGCACUUUGUGUUUUUUUCCUUUCUGUAAUAAGCAAAUCAGGUGGCUAACACACAUAAAGUACUCAUGCAUGGGAAAAUCACAAUCUUUAGAGCUCCUCUGCAAACUCACAGCAGUUAUUCAUAUUACAGACAACAACUCUAAGAGGGGGAAAAAAUUAGAUUUUACUUACAUGUGUUUAUUUGGUACCUUUUGAAGUAGUCUUAAAUUAUAGCUGGUUGACUUCUGGUAUGACUGCACUGCUGGGGGGCCUUUUGUCAUCUCUCCCUGAAAGUCAUUUGGUGUUAGUUAUUUGUGUCUGCCAUAUGUGUGUUAUUAAUUUCAUCAUUUCAUUUUUUUUUAGAUAUGUUACUAAAACCUGAAAUCUCAAAGACAAUAAAUAUGUUCACUUUUGACUUCUUUUCAUCGUCAUGUAAACUACAGUGGUGUUGAGGAACAUUCGGGCAACCUGAAUUGACUAGAUGUAACUUCAAAAAGCCAUUAAAUAGAUGACUCAAUAAUUUUGUCAAACUUGAGACAUGUUUGAUGUU